UUUAUUAAGUCAUGUCAACAUGAAUGUGGUGGAAUAAGCGCUAGCAUCGGGCACGAUCCUCAUCUUUUGUACACUCUUAGUGCUGUCCAGAUUCUUACUCUGUAUGAUAGUAUUAAUGUUAUUGACGUAAAUAAAGUUGUGGAGUACGUUCAGAGUCUACAGAAAGAAGAUGGAUCCUUUGCUGGAGAUAUUUGGGGAGAAAUUGACACAAGAUUCUCCUUUUGUGCCGUGGCUACUUUGGCCCUUUUGGGGAAGCUCGAUGCUAUUAAUGUGGAAAAGGCAAUUGAAUUUGUCUUAUCCUGUAUGAACUUUGAUGGCGGAUUUGGUUGCAGACCAGGUUCUGAAUCUCAUGCUGGGCAGGAUUCCUGGCUAUUACUAGUCAGUUACAUCAAGUAAAUUCUGAUUUACUUGGUUGGUGGCUUUGUGAGCGACAGUUA